AUGACUAAACUUCAGCUAUCAUUCGAUGAUUGCUGUUCUAAGCAAACAUUAGAUGAUGGUCCAGGGCGAGAAGAAUUGCUAAAGCAGUACAUUCAGCUGCAACUUGAAGUUGACAGAUGGCGAGAGGAAUGCAUUCAGUUACACAGUAUUCUAGCAAAGCAAACUGAAGGUUUGGAGAAUGUUGCUAGUAUCAACUAUGGAAGUCAUGUACACUUAAUAAAUGAGGUUGUGGAGCUAGUACUGGCAUUUGAAGCACAGAAGAAGAUAAACAGGCAGCUGGAAGACGAAUUGCACCAAGAGAAAAAUAAGUGGCAAGCAGAAAGAGAACAACUCCAACAAGGAAAUGAGAAACUCAGAGAGGAGAAUGAUAAUCAGCACAAGCUUUUGCCUCCAAGAUUAACUAAAAGCCCACUAACUCAAACUGAGGCUUUUAUGCAACAUGAAAUUAUAAGAGUGACUUCAGAAAAGCUGGUCCUUCAAGAUAAACUAGAUUUAGCUAAAGAGGAACUUUCACAAUGCAAGAACAGCUUAAAAUUGCAAACUGAAGUGCUGAAGGAUGCUGGGUCAACUAUCUACACCAUCGAAAAAGUUACUAAGAAAGGCCAUGAUGAUAUUGAUAUAAUGGUUUUGUGGCUUUCAAAUACUGUGAGACUUCUGCAUAAUCUGAAACAGUAUAGUGGAGACAAAACAUUCCAAACUGAAAACACAUCACUACAGAAUGAACAGUGUCUACAGAAUUUUGAUCUCACUGAAUACAGAGAAGUUCUUUCAGAUAGAGCUGUAGAAAUCUACCAGAGUCUUGCUGGGCACAUACAAGAAAAGAUACAGCCACUGGUGGUGCCAGCUAUUCUUGAACAUGAAGAAAUAAGUGGCUUGACAAGUCAGAUAGCUAGUGGAAAGAGAGGAAGAGCUGUGUUGUCAUCAUGGGAUUCUGAGCCAUUUUUGGGUGUACAGAAGUCAUUGGAUGCACUCUUGCGGGAACUAAAUUAUAUCUAUAAAAUUAUGGGGAACCAUGGUGUUGACCCAGAACUUACUGUCCAGAUAUUUCGGCAGGUAUUCUACUUCAUCUGUGCCAUUUCAAUGAAUAACCUACUGCUCCGAAAGGAUUUGUGUCAUUGGAGUAAAGGAAUGCAGAUAAGAUAUAAUCUAUCACAUCUUGAACAGUGGUGUCGUGACAUGAGACUACAGUAUACUGAUGUGCCAACCACAUUACAGCCCAUAAUUCAGGCUGCCCACUUGCUACAGGCUCGUAAGCUGGAUGAAGAUGUUCAGCAUGUAUGCAAUAUGUGUGAUAAACUUUCAAUGUUGCAGGCCACAUUGCUGAUGGACACAAAAUUCAUGUUCCCACUAAGAUUUCCUUUCAAUCCAUCAAAAAUCAAGCUUGAAGAUAUAGAAGUACCAGAGGUGUUGAACCUACCAAUGCUAAAGAAAGUUUAA